AUGUCUCUCCCCCCUCUCCCCAGGAUCGAUGGGGACAUCGACCUUAUGCUGGCGGUCUACACUCACAAAUCCUUGAACAUGGCUUCGCAUGCUAAUCAUACUUGGGGUGACACCGAUCGCCUCGCAGAACUCGGAGCAAAAGUCGUGGACCUCGUCGUCACCUUUCACUUCUUCGCUCAACAGCCGCUCAUUAGCACAGAUGAAAUACGAGUCCAAAGAGAAACAGCGACAUCGGAUGUGCAGAUUGACACUUGGCUGCGACAGUAUGGCCUCAAGGAAAAGCUGCGGGUGGCACCGACCGAUGUUGAAAUUCUCAAUGAUCCCAAGACCAAUUCCCCCCACAUGUUUAACGCUUUCUCACCGACUCAGAACUACUCCCCCCACUCGAUGACUCAAUCUCCGCCUAGUAUGCAUGCAUCGCCCUCCAUGGGUUCAUUUGGUGGCCCCCCUCCGGCCCCUCCGGGUUCUCCCCCUCCUUUACCCACGUCUCCACCGACUAUGUCUAGCGCUUAUUCCUUAGUUACACUUGCCCUCGUUAACCAGACAGCCGCGCAAAGGGGAAUCCAAGUGUCCUACCCUGCGGAGCAAGCUGGUCCCCCGCACCAACCCACAUGGUCUGUCAAGUGCUGCAUGAAUGGCCAAGAAAGAGGCCGCGGCCAGGGGAAGAGUCAGAAGAUCGCCAAGGAGGAGGCAGCUAGGAAGGCAUGGGCGGCGAUGGGAUGGGGACCUACUUAG